ACGACUCUAAAUGUCAAUGAGGUUCUCGACUCACCGGUACGAUCUACACAGCUCAUCUGACUGCUGUGAUACCGAUUGUCUCUAUGGAGUGUGGUGAUGCCUCUGCUGGACGCUCUCCCACUUUGUGAAAACGCUGCUCGGAUGCACAGUACCAGGCCGUUACUUUAAUCUGACUCUUGUGUGUGAAUGCAUGGAGACGAUGGGGCAGCAGGUAAACACCAGCAGCCUCGGCCAAAUCACCCGGGCUGAUGAGGCUUUGGUUAAAGCCCUGGUGCCCAUCUUAGACGGGCUGAUUCUGGUGACUGGCCUUGUGGGCCAAACCCUCGUCAUCAUCAUCCUCAGAGGCAGGCGGAGGAAGGAGAGUCAGCCCCCGCACGGCACCGACACCCUCCUGCUGGCCCUGAGCGCGGCCGACCUGCUGCUGCUGCUCUGCCUGCCCUUCCACACCUCCGCCAUCACCCUGGGUUUCUGGCCGUUCGGCAGCUUCCUGUGCAAAGCCAUCAGCUUCCUGGGCGUGGCCUGUUCCGCCGCCUCGGUCUUCACCCUGGCAGCUUUGGCCGUGACGCGCUACCUCACCGUGGUCCACUCCGCCUGUGCGUACCGCUUGCGGAUGCACAGACGCAUCAAACUGACCGUGGCCCUGCUCUGGGUCCCGGCAUCGACCCUGGCGGCGCCGCAGUUCGCCUUCCGCACGGUGACCAUGUCCGGCGGCGUGUACUGCUUCGCCUUCCUGUCUGACUUCAGCCAGCUGGUUUACAGCAUUGCUCUAUUCCUGUUUGGCUUUGCCCUACCUCUAGGCAUUAUUGUGUUGAUGUACGCCAAGAUCUACUGUUUCCUUCGACAUGCGCGGCUGCUGGGGAACGCGCUCCAGCUGGAACGCUACCAGAGCCAGGUCACUCACACCUCAGCUCUCCUGGUGCUGGUCUUCACUCUGCUGUGGCUGCCCUCCUACGCCCUCAUGUUCUCCUUCAUCGGUGGGACGGUAACAGACUCGCCUGGCUACAACGUCAUUGCCAUCCUGGCCAGACUGCUGGCCUCCUCGGUGGCCGUGGUGAACCCAGUACUGUAUGGACUCAUGUCUCAGAAGUUCAGAAGAGAUUUGCUGGAGCUAGGGAGAGAGCGCUGGGCCCGGUGCAAGAGCUGCCUGAUCGUGUGUCCUCAGGUGGUGAGCAGCGACAUGGUGCAGCCCUUUGAGCUGGACACCACGUCAGACAGAGGACAGAGUCUUUGACCAGAAGGACAAAUACAGUGCUACCUCAUUACUCAGUUCAUCCUGGAAAUAGGGCUAGCUUAAAAACGUUGUGAUUUCAAUGAGAAUAUAAUCAUUUCAUUAAAUACUAUCACUACACAGAUAAAUGUGGAAAGUAUAAAGACAAAUAUUCCAGGUGAUGUGUUGCCAAACAACCCCCAUAAAUCAAUAAACACACAAACCCUAUGUAUCUAACUUGUCUUCCUGUCUUUCCUGUCAAAGAAUACAGCUUUGGUCCAGAGCUUUUAAAUGCCAUG